AUGGCAUAUCGACAAGUCGGUUUCGACGACGAACGGCGUCGCGUUUCUUAUGAAUCGUAUCGGCCGGCCGAGAUUAAAGAUCGCGGACGAGAUAGAGAUCGCGGACGAGAUAGAGAUGGCGACCGGUGGGAUGAUCGUCGAGGUAGCCGUGGUUCCCCAGAGCGCCGCGACAGUCGUUCUUCUGAAAAGGCUAGUGAGCACGAAACCAGGCCCAGAAGGCUGCCUGCACUUAAUACAGAAGCCUCAACAUUCAGCGUACCGACUGGGCCUAGGAAUCCCAGCAUCAAGAAUUCACCGAUAACUCCACGCAACCUCGUUUCGCCAACUCCUGCAUCUGCAACAGACCCAAGCACAAACACCCAGAUGCGAUUUGUCGCUUCAGAAGCCAACCUGCCCGGUAUCUCGACUGACCCUGCUCCGAGUACCGCAAACAUGGCGCCCCCGAAGGCCAGCGAUCCCACCCUGCAGCUAAUGGUUGACGCGCUUUACAAGCAUGGUGAACACGUGCUUUGCAGAUCGAUAUUGGCACCAGAACGAAACAAGAAGAGAACAGAAAUGGAGCAGAGACAUCACGAAGCCAAGAAAUGGCAGGCGAAGGCCAGUGACUUUCCACAGCAGUUGAAUCUCAUCCAAACAGCCAAAGAACGCGAUAAUGCUGAGUACAAAAAGAUCGAUGCAAACUACAAGAUACAGGACGGAAAAUAUAGAGACAGCCUGGAGACUUUGGCUGCGUCUAUUUUGCACGUUACCAAAGCUCGUCAAGAAACACUCGCAUUCCCAGAUCCGAUGCCCUCGAUUGCAGCUCUAGAGACCAAAUUCUCUGCUUGGCAAAAAGAACUGACAGAGGCACGUAGUGAGAUCCAAAAGCUGAAGGUAGACGGCAAGACGUUGCAAGAGGAGAACGAGCAAUUCAAAACAGAGUGCACACAGCUCAAGACGGAGAUCGAGGAAUCCAAUCAUAAGUUGAAUUCACUAGAUGAGCAGGUGAAAUCGUUGGAACUUGAAGGCAAGAAAUCCAGUGAAAAGAUUGAGUCACUCGAAUCAAUUCUUGAAAGGCUACCGAAACCUGCUGAGACGAAAACACUCAAAGCUGAUUUCGUUGAUCUCAAGACGAAACUGGAAAACUUCGCUGCCGAGAGUAUGAAUAAUAAGGGAGACAUCCAAAAUCUCAAAAGCCGUAUAGAGGACAUGAAUUCAGAUUCUAAAAUGACGGCGACGGCACUCCACAAGGAUAUUCUCAAGCUUCAAGAGAGUUCGAAAGCCUCCAUGGAGCACAAAACGAAGUUGCAAAGAGAUAUGAGUUCCAUCCGAUCGGGCUUACAAGAGCUAGAAGGUCGCACAGCUAUGUCGGUUGACUUCGCAAAGGUUAAUCAAAAGGUUGAUCGCCUCUCCACGGAGAUACAACAGAACAAACAGAGUUUACAAGAGUCUCACAACAAACUUGCUCGACACCAGGAUAGUUUGGGCCAGCAAGCCGGCUUCUUGAACCGGGUCGAAAGCUUGGAGUCCCAAAUCUCAAUAUUCAAGAAAGAAUUGGUGGAAGUGAAGGUUAAUGCUGCGAAGGAUGAUGAUGAUUUCGAGAAAAUCCAAGAAGUCGUGGACGGGUGGAACACACUUGACGCGGGUGACCUAAUUCUUGGUCAUAAAAAACAGUUAGAACAUCUUGCGGAGGAGUUCCAAGAGCUCAAAGAUGCUGUCAGUAGCAAAGAGCAUUGUUCACCUCCCCCUUUGAAUGAAAGCUCGAAGAAGGAGACUGAAUAUCUGAAGUCAGUGACACAGCAGACAUGUCAAGACCUUUUGACAUUGAAGGGCCGUGUAGAUGGUAUCGAGCCCUCCAUGAAGGAAAUGGUGCAGAGGACUAUAGCGGAAGGCUGUGAAGCAAUGGUUGAUAUGGUCGAUGACUCGAUUACACGUUUCGAGGGGCUCAGUACGCGUGUUGACACGCUUGAAUCAAGGGGCGUGCAAGCUAGGACCCCGGCGCUCACGCCACAACUUGACUCUCGUGUUAGUCCCUCGACUGUCGAUUCGCAACUCGCGGACAGAGUCAAGGCCAUUGAGGACGAGAAAUACGGGCCAAGUAUACUCCAGCUGUCACAGAAAAUCUCUCACCAUGUCGAAAUGGUUCGUCGUAAUGAGAAAAACAUCAGCGAAGAUCUAGGAAAAGUUGAGACCAAACUACAAGAGGAAGCGGCUGCGCGCAACGACCUGCAGAAGAAAGUUGAAGGUCAACUCGAACAACAGGAGAUGCAAAUGCAGGCCCUUAAUGGUUAUAUCAGCAACAUUAAUACUGGAUCAAUCGCACAGGACAUGGUUCGACAACUGGACGCAUAUGCGCAAAAGCUUGGUCCCAGGAUGGAUGUAGCGACAACCAGAUUAGAUGCCGCCGAUCGGCAGUUCAAAGUGCUGCGGGCAGAGAUGGAAGCAUGGGCACCUCAACAACAACAACAACAACAACAACAACAACAACAACAACAACAGGCUGGCAAACGGCCCGCGUCGCCCCAAACUUAUUUCAACGACAUGAGCAAGAAGAGAAGACUUGAGCCUACUACCGGGGAUACAUCAAGGACAGCGUCGGCACGCAGUGGUUCUGGAGCCUACCGGUAA